UGUUCUUAACCAUGCAAAAACAUUACACAAUAUAUUCAAAACACAUAUCUUUCCAAAGAACAACACAAAUAAACACAUAUUUAAACCACAAAUCAUUCUUAAAUUCUUCAAAGUAAAUGGGUUCCAAAUUGAUGAAUAACCUCGAAACCAUGAUGAUGAUGAACGGUGAAGAUAACACCCAAAUGAGAGCUUUUGUGACAUUUUUAGCCGGUAACGGUGACUAUGUCAAGGGAGUUGUAGGGCUUGCCAAGGGCUUAAGGAAAGCCAAGAGUCGUUAUCCCUUGGUGGUGGCGGUUUUGCCCGACGUUCCGGAGGAACACCGUAACAUAUUGGUGUCUCAAGGUUGCAUAGUUCGUGAAAUUGAGCCAGUUUGUCCUCCUGAAAACCAGACUCAGUUUGCUAUGGCUUACUAUGUCAUCAACUACUCCAAGCUCAGAAUUUGGGAGUUUGUGGAGUUUAGCAAGAUGAUCUACUUGGAUGGUGAUAUCCAAGUGUUUGAUAACAUUGACCAUCUCUUUGACUUACCCGAUGGCAAUUUUUACGCUGUGAUGGACUGCUUUUGUGAAAAGACUUGGAGCCACACUCCUCAAUAUAAGAUUGGGUAUUGCCAACAAUGCCCAAAUAAGGUCCAAUGGGCCGAAGAUAAGUUGGGCCCAAAGCCCGCUGGCCCCGCUCUAUACUUCAAUGCUGGCAUGUUUGUUUUUGAGCCCAAAAUGUCCAUUUACCAUGAUCUCCUCAACAAACUCAAGGUCACCCAGCCUACUCCCUUUGCUGAACAGGACUUUUUGAACAUGUACUUUAAGGACGUCUACCAGCCUAUCCCACCAAUUUACAACCUUGUUUUAGCCAUGUUAUGGCGUCAUCCCGAAAACAUUGAGCUUGAGGAAGCGAAAGUGGUUCACUAUUGUGCUGCAGGAUCAAAACCUUGGAGGUACACCGGAGAGGAAGCGAACAUGGACAGAGAAGACAUUAAGAUGCUCGUUAGCAAGUGGUGGGAGAUUUACGACGAUGAAUCGCUUGAUUACAAGCCAGAGGAAGCAAGGCUUCAAUUGCUGAAGGCAGCAUUAUCUGAGUUUAGUAAUGCUUAUUAUAUGUUGGCACCAUCGGCGGCUUAAAGUGAUUAUUCACUCCAUUUAUGUACUAAUAUGAAACUAAUGUAUCAUAUAAUUUUUAUUGGAGUGUUAUGCUUUAUGUUUUUUCUUGUACAAUCAAGUGGUCUUAUCUGAAAUAUUAUACCAGAUAGACCUGAUUAAUAUAGAUUCAGUGUGUAAUACUACAAAAUUUGGACAGGCAUAGAAUUUUAUUUAUGCCUUGUUCAAUUAUCAUGAAUUAAUGGAGUAAUUAUGCUUACAGAGUAA